AUGAAACAAGCCCUAGUCUCAUACGGUCUGGCUAUCGUCAACUUGCAGCGCCUGAUGCGUGUGAAGGAGCUAUUCGCAAAAGCUGAUCAAAGCAGGCAUGACCAAGAACGUCGUUAUUCAUCUCAUGCUUUUUGGGACUAUAUGGAGUACCCAGACUGGAUUCUGCUUGAAAUUGACGCAAACAUGCAGAUACGCCAGGAGCAAGUUUCUGUAGCACUGGGGAUGGCCGGUCCUACCUCAGGAUCAAAUUCUGUCCCUGCAGGUGAACAUGGGCCAAAGCAAAUUUCAGUUAUCAUGCUGAUAGUCGCAUGCGCAUUGACUAAUUGUGGAAACCUUGUUAGGCUUCUAGUACCAAAAGCACUUACAACUCAGACCGCGCAGGUUCUUCGCGACCGGCUAGGAGGCCUGGUCGGCAAGGAGCUCAUACACAUUCCAUUCUCACGGCGCACUCCCACGACCAGACUUCCGCAAAACCCAACUUGGGUCGAAGGUCUUGACCCAAAACCCAACCCGGACCCAACCCGGACCCAAUGCUGGUGUUGA